UAAAUAUUCCUUUAAUUCUUUGUAAAUUUGUAAAUCCGAUUAAUAUCUGAUUCAUAUUGUAAAUUUGAUAUUCAAAAAUAUGACAAUUACGCGCCAUCGAAUGUGAUUGGUCGAACAAAUAAUCUCUGUUAGCGUAUUGUAUUAUCUUUACGAAUUAGGGGUUAUGGCCGAAGUUUAUCUUUCGCUCGUGUAAAAAUUCAAUUAUAUGGCGCUUCAGUAUUAAAUGAUUUUAUAAAUUUUGGUAUGAUAGUAUCUAGUAAAAACAGAUUACAUGUGUUGAAGAAUGUGUUGCGUAAACUGAUGCGCAGAGAAAAAGUACGGAAGUACCGACAUAAAACGUGGAACCAAAAAGAGCGUGUGACUAGCGCGCUUAACACAUGAUUUUGAUGGUUGUUGAUUUAAAAGUCAUUUUUUAAGUGAAAAGUUUCAAUCAAAUAUGUCACGAUCAAAGUCAGAAAAAAAUGGGAAUAGCAACAAGUGCGAAUUAAGUGUUUGGACACGUGCAAUAACAGCGAAUUCAGAAUGGCCAGAUAAAGAAGAAUUUCUCGAUGUUGUUUAUUGGGCCAGACAAGCAAUCGGUAUUAUCGUUGGUAUAGGAUGGGGUCUUAUACCUUUAAAAGGAUUUAUAGCUCUAUUAUUAUUUGUACUAGUCAACGCAGGUGUUAUGUAUCUUUAUUUCAACAGUUUUCAGCAAAUCGAUGAAGAAGAAUAUGGUGGUAUAUGGGAAUUAACUAAAGAAGGAUUUAUGACUUCGUUUGCUGGUUUCUUGGUAACGUGGAUCAUCAUAUAUUCUGGGCUACAUUUUGACUGAUUUAGGAAUAAAAAGUGAUACACACUUGGACUGAAAAUCGAAUUAAAUUGUAAGUG